UACGCAGUGCCCGUGAUGAGAGCUGCCUGGCUGAUCAAGAUGACCUGUGCCUAUUACGCUGCCAUUACGGAAACGAAGGUGAAGAAGCGGCAUGUCAUUGACCCCUUCAGCGAGUGGACACAGAUCAUCACCAAAUUUCUGUGGGAGCAGCUGCAGAAGAUUGCCGACUUCCAUCGGCAGCUGCUGGCACAAGCCUGCGGCUCGCCCUCCAGCAUCAUGCCUCAGGAGGUGGAGCACUCGGUGAAGCAGUGGGACUACAAUGAGAAGCUGGCCAUGUUUAUGUUCCAGGACGGGAUGCUGGACCGGCAUGAGUUCCUGACCUGGGUGCUUGAGUGCUUUGAGAAGAUUCGCCCGGGCGAAGACGAGCUCCUGAAGCUGCUCCUUCCGCUGCUCCUGCAGUAUUCCAGUGAGUUUGUGCAGUCUGCCUACCUGUCCAGGCGCCUGGCUUACUUCUGCACCCGCCGGCUUGCCAUUCUGCUGGAUGCCAGCGGUGGGCACCCGGCUCACCAUCUUCCAUCUCAGACGACCCCGGCACUCCCCUCCACCCCGACUCCCCAGCCGGCUGCGGGAAACUCCUCCGCCAGCCCUUUCAGCGACCUGCUGCUGUGUCCCCAGCAUCGCCCAGUAGUGUUUGGGCUCAGCUGCAUCCUCCAGAGUAUUGUCCUGUGUUGCCCCAGCGCCCUUGUCUGGCAUUACUCCCUUACGGACAGCAGAAUCAAGACGGGCUCUCCCCUCGACCACCUGCCCAUUGCCCCCUCAAACCUGCCCAUGCCAGGGGUCAACACCAGCUUCAUACAGCAGGUCCGAGCGAGGCUCCGGGAGACGGAGCAGCAGAUCAAGGAGCGUGGCCAGGCCGUGGAAGUGCGCUGGUCCUUCGACAAAUGCCAGGAAGCCACUGCAGGGUUCACCAUCAGCCGGGUGCUCCACACUUUAGAAGUCCUUGACAGUCACAGUUUUGAGCGUUCGGACUUUAGCAAUUCACUGGAUUCUCUGUACAACAGGAUAUUCGGGGGAGGGCCGAGCAAGGACAGUCACGAGAUCUCCCCCGACGACGACGCCGUGGUGGCUCUGCUCUGCGAGUGGGCCGUGAGCCACAAGCGGUCAGGACGGCACCGGGCAAUGGUGGUGUCAAAGCUGCUGGAGAAGCGGCAAUCUGAAAUAGAGGCCGAGCGCUGUGGCGACUCAGAAGUGGUGGACGAAAAAGGCUCCAUCUCGUCGGGUUCCCUCUCGGCAGUGAGCGCCCCCGUCUUCCAAGAGGUCCUCAUGCAGUUCCUGGACACCCAGGCCCCCAUGCUGACUGACCCCAGCAGCGAGAACGAGCGGGUCGAGUUCUUCAACCUGGUCCUGCUCUUCUGCGAGCUGAUCCGACACGACGUCUUCUCGCCCAACAUGUACAUGUGUACCCUGAUCUCGCGGGGCGACCUGGCCAUCGACCACGGGCCCCGCCCCGCCUCCCCCUUUGACGAUGCGGCGGAAGAGCACGACCGGAAAGAGCGGGAGGGCGGCCACGGCCUCAAGCUGGAGGAUGCUGGCCUGUCGGAGUGCCACAUGGACAUCGACCACAGUUCCAGUGUCAUCUUUGAUGACAUGGAGAAGGCUGAUUUCUCGAUGUUCUCUCCUUCCAUGCACUGUGAAUCCAAAGCCAGCCCUUCCCCAGAGAAACUGGACCCUGAGAAGGACAGGGUGGCCGAUGGGACAUUGGCAACACUUUAUGAGCAGCCUCGACACAUCCAGUACUGCACACAUUUCCCCAUUCCCCAGGAGGAGUCGAGCAGCCACGAGUGCAACCAGCGGCUGGUGGUCCUUUUCGGCGUUGGGAGGCAGCGCGACGAGGCACGCCACGCCAUCAAAAGAAUCGGCAAAGAUAUCUUGAAGGUGCUCAACAGGAAAAGCACAGCAGAGACAGGGCCUGUGUGGAAGCCAUUGGGACCUGCGGAGGUCAUCACAACGUAUCUGCCUUGGGCAGGUGGCGAGGAAGGGCAGAAAAGGAAGAGAAACAAGCCAGAGGCCUUCCCAACCGCAGAGGACAUCUUUGCGAAAUUCCAGCAUCUUUCCCAUUUUGACCAGCACCUCGUCACCUCUCAGGUAUCUCGCAACGUCUUGGAGCAGAUCACCAGCUUUGCCUUAGGGAUGUCCUACCACCUGCCUCUGGUGCAGCACAUCCAGUUCAUCUUCGACCUGAUGGAGUAUUCGCUCAACAUCAGCGGGCUCAUCGACUUUGCCAUCCAGCUGCUGAACGAGCUGAGCGUGGUGGAGGCCGAGUUGCUGCUCAAGUCCUCUGACCUGGUGGGCAGCUACACCACCAGCCUGUGCCUGUGUAUCGUGGCCGUCCUGCGGCAUUACCACUCCUGCCUUAUCCUCAACCAGGACCAGAUGGCCCAAGUCUUCGAAGGGCUGUGUGGGGUGGUGAAGCACGGCAUGAACCGCUCGGAUGGCUCUUCGGCCGAGCGCUGCAUCCUGGCCUACCUCUACGAUCUCUACACGUCCUGCAGCCACCUCAAGAGUAAAUUUGGGGAGCUCUUCAGCGACUUCUGCUCCAAAGUGAAGAACACCAUCUACUGCAACGUGGAGCCCUCCGACUCGAACAUGCUGUGGGAACCCCUGUUUAUGAUCGACACCAUCGAGAACCCCUCAGCCCACAACUUCACCUACACCAACCUGGGCAAGAGCCUGGCAGACAACCCGGCCAACCGCUACAGCUUUGUCUGCAAUGCCCUGAUGCACGUCUGCGUGGGGCACCACGACCCGGACCGGGUCAACGACAUUGCCAUCCUGUGUGCGGAGCUAACCGGCUACUGCAAGCUGCUGAGUGCCGAGUGGCUGGGGGUGCUGAAGGCCCUGUGCUGCUCCUCCAACAACGGAACGUGCGGCUUCAACGACCUGCUCUGCAACGUGGACGUGAGCGACCUGUCCUUCCACGAUUCCCUGGCGACCUUUGUGGCUAUCCUCAUCGCCCGGCAAUGUCUGCUUCUGGAGGACCUGAUCCGCUGCGCAGCCAUUCCCUCUCUUCUCAAUGCUGCCUGCAGUGAACAGGACUCGGAGCCCGGGGCCCGUCUGACCUGCCGAAUUUUGCUGCACCUCUUUAAGACUCCUCAGCUGAAUCCCUGCCAGCAGGAUAGCAGUAAGCCCUCGGUGGGCAUCCGCUCGUCCUGCGACAGGCACCUGCUGGCCGCUUCCCAGAAUCGCAUCGUGGAUGGGGCUGUCUUUGCAGUGCUGAAGGCCGUCUUUGUCCUGGGGGACGCCGAACUGAAGGGCUCUGGGUUUUCCCACCCGGGAGGGGUGGACGACCUCCUGGACGACGACAAGAAGUCGGCCGGGCGGAUGGUCUCCAUCGAGACAGCCAGCCUGGAUGUUUACGCCAAGUACGUCCUCCGGAGCAUCUGCCAGCAGGAAUGGGUGGGCGAGCGAUGCUUGAAGUCCUUGUGCGAGGACAGCAACGACCUGCAGGACCCUGUCCUGAGCAGCACUCAGGCCCAGAGGCUGAUGCAGCUGAUCUGCUACCCUCAUCGGCUGCUCGACAGCGAGGAGGGCGAGAACCCCCAGCGGCAGAGGAUCAAGCGCAUUUUGCAGAACCUGGACCAGUGGACGAUGCGCCAGUCGCUGCUGGAACUGCAGCUCAUGAUCAAGCAGACGGCCAGCAACGAGAUGAAUUCCCUCCUGGAGAACAUCGCCAAGGCCACCAUUGAGGUGUUCCAGCAAUCGGCAGAGACCAACUCAGCCAGCAACGGCAUCGUCAGCCUGGGCAGCUGCUCCAACCUCAUGCCAGCCAACCCCAAAGCCAAGCCUGUCCUUAGCUCCCUGGAACGGUCCGGAGUGUGGCUGGUGGCGCCUCUGAUCGCCAAGCUCCCGACCUCCGUGCAGGGCUACGUGCUGAAGGCCGCGGGGGACGAGCUGGAGAAGGGGCAGCAUUUGGGGUCUUCCUCCCGCAAGGAGAGAGACAGGCAGAAGCAGAAGAGCAUGACUCUGCUGAGCCAGCAGCCCUUCCUGUCCCUGGUGCUCACCUGCCUGAAGGGCCAGGACGAGCAGCGCGAGGGCCUCCUCACCUCCUUGUUCAGCCAGGUUCAGCAGAUUGUGACCAACUGGCGGGAAGACCAGUACCAGGACGACUGCAAGGCCAAGCAGCUGAUGCACGAGGCGCUGAAGCUGCGGCUGAAUCUGGUGGGGGGCAUGUUCGACACGGUGCAGCGCAGCACCCAGCAGACCACGGAGUGGGCGGUGCUUCUCCUGGACAUCAUCAGCAGUGGCACGGUGGACAUGCAGUCUAACAAUGAGCUCUUCACCACCGUCCUGGACAUGCUGAGCGUGCUGAUCAACGGCACUCUGGCCGCUGACAUGUCCAGCAUCUCGCAAGGCAGCAUGGAGGAGAACAAGCGGGCCUACAUGAACCUGGUCAAGAAGCUGCGGAAAGAGCUGGGCGACCGACAGUCUGAGAGCCUGGAGAAGGUGCGCCAGCUGCUGCCCCUGCCGAAGCAGACCCGGGACGUGAUCACCUGCGAACCCCAGGGCUCCCUCAUCGACACCAAAGGCAACAAGAUUGCCGGCUUUGACUCCAUUUUCAAGAAGGAGGGCCUGCAGGUCUCCACCAAGCAGAAGAUUUCGCCCUGGGACCUCUUCGAGGGCCUGAAGCACUCUGCCCCGCUUUCCUGGGGCUGGUUCGGGACGGUGCGGGUGGACCGCAAGGUCUCCCGCCUGGAAGAGCAGCAGCGGCUGCUCCUCUACCACACCCACCUGAAGCCCAAGCCCCGCAGCUACUACCUGGAGCCGCUGCCGCUGCCUCCCGAGGAGGAGGAGCCCCCCACUCCGGUGCCUCUGGAGCCGGAGAAGAAGGUGGUCGAGCCGGCCAAGGCGGAGAAGGCCAGCGCCAGUGCCGGCAGCUCCACGGCGGAACCCAAGAACAAGAGUAAGAGCAAGAACAAGAAGCGCGCCCAGUCAGCCAACAAGAGCGAGGAAUACCUGAUGAACGCGGGCCGAGGGGUCUCCUAUGGUGCCGGCAUUCCUGCCGACCUCCUGCACCACCAGCCGGGGAAUGCCAUGUCUCGCCUGGCCUACGGGCAGCCUCCGGUGGGCCUCUACGCCCAGAACCAGCCCCUCCCAGCAGGCGGCCCUCGGUUGGACACAUCGUACCGGCCGGUGCGCAUGCCCAUAGGAAAGCUGGUGCCCAACCGGCUCCCCUACGCGGGGGUCUUGCCAGCCGGCAUGGGCAUGCUGGGAAUGGACCCUUCCUAUAAAUCAGCCGUCUAUAGGCAGCAGCAGCCGCCGCCCCCUGUUCCUGGGGGGCAGCUCCUGCGCCAGCAGCUGCAGGCCAAACUGCAAACCCAGGGGAUCCUGGGGCAGCCACCAGUGCGCCAGAUGCCUCCCACUCCGGCCUAUGGAACCGGGCAGCCCUCGCAGGGUUACACCCCCUAUGGGGUGCCUCACCUGAGCCUUCAGCAGCAUCCCUCCCAGGCCAGCACCAUGGUCCCCUCGACCUAUUCCGGCCAGACCUACCAGAACGCCCACCCCAGCGCCAACCCUGCCUUCGUCGACGCCGUCCGAUCCAUGCAGAGGCCCAGUGGAUACGUGCACCAGCAGGCCCCGGCAUAUGGGCACGCCCUGAAUGCCGCCCAGAGGUUUCCCCAUCAGCCGAUGCAGCAACCAGCCAUGAUGGGCAGCAUCAACCACCUGAGCACCCAGGGGGUCCCCACGGGGGUCCGGCCUAGCCAGCUUCUGCCUGACCAGCAGCAGCAGCAGCAGCAGCAGCAACAGCAGCAGCAACAGCAAUACCUGCGGCAGCAGCAGCAGCAGCUGCUACGGCAGCAGCAGCAGCAGCAGCAGCAGCAGCAGCAGCCCCCUCCGCAGCCACAGCCCCAACAGCCACAGCCACCCCCCCAGCAGCCUCCCCCGGUGCCCCCCGUCCCUCAGCCCCAAGCUCAGGGCCAGCCGCAGUUCCAGCGACAAGGCCUCCAGCAGACGCAGCAGCAGCAGCAGACGGCCGCCUUGGUCCGGCAGCUCCAGCAGCAGCUCUCCAAUACGCAGCCCCAACAGAGCAGCAACCCGUUCGGACGGUAUUGAGCCC